AGAUGUGGUACUGGGUCUUCCUCUGGGCUCUCUUCUCCUCCCUGUUUGUCCAUGGUGCUGCCGGCGUGUUGAUGUUCGUGAUGCUGCAGCGACACAGGCAUGGAAGAGUCAUCUCUGUCAUUGCAGUCAGCAUCGGAUUUCUGGCUUCUGUAACUGGAGCGAUGAUUACUAGUGCAGCCGUCGCCGGCAUCUACCGAGUGGCGGGGAAGAACAUGGCCCCCUUGGAAGCGCUGGUGUGGGGCGUUGGACAGACUGUACUGACAUUGAUCAUCUCCUUUUCAAGGAUCCUCGCUACGCUUUGAGGUUUCGGUGGGAGCGUCUUACUGAAUUCACGUAAGGAAACAGAUGGACAGGUCCCCGAAAGUGGCAUUGUUCACGAGCGGAAUGAAAUUGUGCGAGAAUGUGGACCCAGCAGGUCCCCGCGGCAGGCAGACCUCGAGCUGUGUGGCAAGAUCGCCCUCUGGUGUCGACGCGAUUGCACUACUGCACUGCACCUUACGUGCCUCCGUCCCAGGCAAGGUGCACGAGACACUGCGCGAAGCUACAAGAAAAAGCACCUUGUUUAGCUGCCAAUCAGGUUAACACUGGUGUUGAAAUCAUCGUUCUUAACAGUGUUGUGUUGAGUUCCAGGGACGUUUUAAGGAAUUGAUAUAUGUGCCAAACUCUUUUCUUUCUGUUAACAUUGAUCAUGUGACAAUUUGCAAGUGUAGCUGUAGAUGAGUGCUGUGAACAUAUUUGACACGAAUUCAGGUAACGUAGUAAGAUUUUUGUUUUGUAACUCUAAAUCCUGUAUGAGUGCUGAAUAAUGAAUCGUUUAAUAUGAGAGAAAUUAUUUGGUUUUUAAUGUUGAGCGUUUCUGGGAUCUGGGGCUUUAAUGUCUUUUGGCAUUAUUGUUAUUUAAUUGAUGUGGAAAAUAGGGGUCUUCUUAAUAGAAGACUAGCUAAACCAUUUUAAGGACUCGAAGUAGGUCUGUAGGGUGCGUAAUCUUCACUAACUUAAGUAACACCCUUUUAAUAGUUCCCCUCAUGCCUCAAUGUUCUAUUUUAUUUAUAUUAAUUAAAAAACCUUAUGGGUCACACACAUUGAUUAUAGUUUGUAUGUCACAAAAAUAUAAUUUGAAAAUUUUCAUAUACACUUUGUAAGGAAAAAAAUCUAAAAUGCACGUUGCAUUCUUUAAAGAAAGUAUUUGCCUUGUAUCACAUGGAGAAAGCAUCUUUACAACUGGUCUCUCAGUAGGAUUUUACUACUUGUUACAUAUAUUUUGAUUUUUGACAAAACAUAAGCAGUCUUUCAUUCUGGAGUACUAACUGUAUCUACAUUGUGGCCUCAAUUAGGCUGUAGAAAUAAAAAGUAACAGGUCGAUUGUAUAGCAUAGGAAGAGUAAGAAACUAUCUUACUUUGGACAUGUCCCAACGCCAUAACUUUGCUAAGUAACUAUUGGGGGAAUAUAGUAAAUAGUUUUGAAGUUCAAUAGGUAGGGUCAGAGUAUCAGUACAGUACUGAGCAUAUAUUUGAGUGAUUCAUUUCAGUUGCGUUCUUGAGUUAUGCUGUUAAAUUAUGAUUUAAGUUUAUUUAAACUUGUGUGUUGUGGUUAAAGUUUAUAGGAA